AUGGGCGCGCAGACCUGGCGCGUGGGCUCUCGCUGUCUCCUCCUGCUGGCUCUCGUGGGGUCUAUCCGAAGCGAGGGCGUGCAGAGCUGCGAAGAAGUUCGGAAACUUUUCCAGGGGCGCCUGGUGGGACCUGUCAAGGGGCUGCCGGAUUCGCCGCGGGCAGGGCCUGAUCUUCAGGUUUGCACAGCCAAAAAACCAACAUGUUGCACCAAGAAGAUGGAGGAGAGAUACCAAGUCGUGGCUCGCCAGGAUAUGCAGCAGGUGCUUCAAACAUCCAGCUCUACAUUAAAGUUUUUGAUAUCUCGAAAUGCAGCUGCCUUUCAAGAAACCCUUGAAACUCUCAUCAGACAAGCAGAAAAUUACACCAGCAUACUUUUCUGCAACACCUACAGGAACAUGGCCCUAGAGGCCGCAGCUUCCACCCAGGAGCUCUUCACUGAUGUAGGGCUCUAUUUAUUUGGUGCGGAUGUUAAUCCUGAAGAAUUUGUAAACAGAUUCUUUGACAGUCUUUUCCCUCUGGUCUACAAUCAUCUCAUUAACCCUGGUGUGACUGACAGUUCCCUGGAAUACUCAGAAUGCAUCCGGAUGGCCCGCCGAGACAUUAGCCCAUUUGGUAAUAUUCCCAAAAGAGUGCUGGGACAGAUGGGGCGGUCGCUGCUGCCCAGUCGCACAUUUCUGCAGGCACUGAACCUGGGCAUUGAAGUCAUCAAUACCACAGACCAUCUGCACUUCUCCAAAGAGUGUGGCAGAGCCCUGCUGAGGAUGCAGUACUGCCCACGCUGCCAAGGCCUGGCUCUCACUAAGCCUUGCAUGGGGUAUUGCCUCAACGUCAUGAGAGGCUGCUUGGCACAUGUGGCAGAGCUUAACUCACACUGGCAUGUGUACAUCCGGUCACUGGAAGAGCUGUCAGAUGCCAUGCAUGGGACCUAUGACAUUGAACACGUGCUUCUGAACUUCCACUUGCUUGUUAAUGAUGCUGUGAUGCAGGCUCACCUUGAUGGACAGAAGUUAUCGGAACAGGUAAAUAAGAUUUGUGGCCGUCCAGUCAGAACACCCACACAAAGCCCCCGUUGUUCUUUUGAUGGAAGCAAAGAGAAGCAUGGAAUGAAGAUCUCUAUAAGAAAUGGUGAAGAGACACUUGCCAACAGAAGAAAAGAAUUUAUCAACAGCCUUCGACUGUACAGAACAUUCUAUGGGGGCCUGGCUGAUCAACUUUGUGCUAAUGAAUUAGAUGCUGCUGACGGACUACCAUGCUGGAAUGGAGAAGACAUAGUAAAAAGCUAUACUCAGCGUGUCGUUGGAAAUGGAAUCAAAGCCCAAUCUGGAAAUCCCGAAGUCAAAGUCAAAGGAACCGAUCCUGUGAUAAAUCAGAUUAUUGAUAAACUGAGGCAUGUUAUUCAGUUGUUACAGGGUAGGUCACCCAAACCCACCAAGUGGGAACAUCACAUGGGCAGUGGUGGUGGCAUGGCCGAACAGGUCAGCGGGGACUGUGAUGAUGAAGAUGGUUGUGGGGGCUCAGGAAGUGGAGAAGUCAAGAGGACACUAAAAAUCACAGACUUCUUUCCCAGCAUCAGGAUCUUUUCCAAUGAGUCAGUUCUUUGCAUCAGGUGGCCAAAAUAUUGGAGUUUCAGCUUCAAUAAUCCUUCCAAUGAACACCCAGGACUGAUCUCCUUUAGAAUGGACUGGUUGGAUCUCCUUGCAGUCCAAGGGACUCUCAAGAGUCUUCUCCAACACCACAGUUCAAAAGCAUCGAUUCUUCAGUGUUCAGCUUUCUUU